AUGCCUUCGACCUCGUGUAUCAAUGAUAUUGGGUGCAAACUCUUGAUCUCCCUUGAACAAGGACCUACAAGGACCCGAUCAACAGCGAAGGCGACCGGAUGCGCUUUCUAUUACAAGGCCAUAAACACAUGGGCAGUGCAGAGAACAAAAAGAUCUGUUUGAUACACGGGUACUGUACAUUGACACGAUGAUUUACAAGUUUACAUGAGCGGCGAGAUGAAAAA